CUCAUUCAGUCGACCUUUACCUUCUAAAUGUGUUUCCGAUGGCUGAAGAGGCUCUACCACUAUCUGCGGCGCAAAUGGUCGCGGCGGAACCGCGGCUACAGCCGGGAAAUCUCCCUGAGUCACCACGGCUUCUGCUCGGGCGCCUUCACCAACCGCCAUGGCCGCGCCUCCUUCUCGUGUGGCAGGGACAGUUCUGUCACCUACAGCCGGAGACCCUCGUCCUGCCCGCCCCUGCCAGCGCCAGCCCCCUACAGCAUCUCAGGGAGGUUCUCGUGUGACACCGACGGGUCCCUCGUGGUCAGCAGUGGGGACUGUGGGGUCACGUCUAGCUGGGACCCUGUGGUGAGGACAGUCCCGGUUUAUGGCUCUGGAAUGGGGAUGGAGUACGGUGGUGAGGAUGUGGGGUCUGUUAUCAGCAGUGCAGGGGGAGGUGGAGGAUCUGUCUACCACGGAGGGAGUUCGAGAGUGGUGGAGGGAGCAGGGGCUGGGUAUGGAUACUCUGCACCCCUGAGUGACACCCUAAGCACUGGGGGGCUCUCUGAGGGCUCAGGGUACUAUGGAGGAGGGUAUGGAUAUGGGACAUAUGGAACAUAUGGGACUGGGAUGUUGCCUGGGCCAGAGAUCAGCCCUGUGGGCACAGGAUGCGCCCAGGUGGUGCAGCAGAAAUGCCCCGUGGUCAUCCCCACCAUCAAGAGUGAGCAGUGCAAGCAGAGCACCCACUGGCCACCCAUCCAGAAGAAAUGAGUGGCCCAGCCUCUCCCACAUCCCAAAAGUGUCCUUGGAUGUGCCAAAGUGGAAUUUUGCCCCCCUCAACGAUGCCAUUACAUCACAGAGCUCCGCAUUCUUCGCGUAGGGCUGUGCUGACAAAAUUCCCCAGGA